AUGCAAAGGACGGCAGACUUUGCCAAUCCGAAGGAGUUUUACGCGUACUCGGGCCACAAGUACUGCACCACGACGUGCGCUCGUGCUGCUCGCAAGGGAGAGGAUCAACCGUUUCUGGAAGCAGCAGAGGCAGCGGCAGCCGAGGCAGAAGCAGAAGCCAAGGCGAGUGCGGUGGCAAACCGCGCACCGGCGGCAUCAAAGCCGAAAUCGGCAGCGGCAACGUAUCGGGCCGAAGCUGCAAAGAGUCCCGAGGAGAAAAAGGCUGCGGCGGCGGCCAUCGCCGCCCGGCUGAAGGCGUCAAAGGCGUCAAAGUCGGCGGCUGGGUCGAUGACGUCGGCGAGAUUGUGCCAUGGCUGUAAGAACGAGCUGGGCAACGAGUAUGUCACCGCAGGCAGCCACUCUUUCCACUCGAUCUGCCUCAAGUGUGCCGUCUGUCGCAAGGCCAUCGACGGCGCCUUUGGUACCUCGGACUCGGGCAACAUCGUGUGCGCGACGUGCUUUGGCGCAGAUGCGGCGCCGGCCGAUGCGUCGUCUGCCUCUGCUGCGCCGCUCUGUGCAGGUUGCGGAAACGCUGCUGCCGGUGAUGUUGUCGACGCACUCGACGCCCUCUGGCACCCGGCGUGCUUCAUUUGCUCGCUCUGCUCCUCCGAGCUCGGCACACGCUUUGCCGUCAACGCCUCGGGUAAGCCAGUGUGCAACACGUGCUGGGGCUCGUAG